UUGUUGUCUUGUCCCUCUUAUAUAAUUUUGGAUGAAUAAUGAUCUAAAAAUACCGCUUUUCUGGAUUAUAUUUCAAGUUUUGAUUAGUGCUUUUUUUUUUCCCUUCAUUCUGUUGUGAUCUAGCUUUCAACUAAUGUCAAGCACUCAGGACUCAGAUUCAUCAUCACCUUCGGCGGGAGCUAUUACUGUGGGCAUAUUAGUUAUUGUUGGCGUGUUUGCUAUUGUAGUAAUGUGCGUCAGAAGAUUUAGAACCCAAAACCAGACCGCAGUCCCAGACUCGCGAUUUUUGACGCUUACGAUGGACAAAUUCCUCAAUGACAUGGAACGAGAGAAGCCCAUCAGGUUCACUUCUCAGCAACUGAGGAUCGCCACCGAUAACUUCACCCACUUGUUAGGCUCCGGGGGAUUCGGAGCGGUUUACAAGGGAGUUUUCCCCAACGGAACCAUUGUGGCGGUGAAGGUUCUCUACGGAAACUCUAACAAGACAAUUGAACAACAGUUCAUGGCGGAAGUGAGCACACUGGGGAGAAUUCAUCAUUUUAAUUUAGUUCGUCUUUACGGAUUCUGCUUUGAAAGGUACAUGAUUGCUCUUGUUUAUGAGUACAUGAACAAUGGAUCUCUUGACAAGUUCUUGUUCCGCGAGAACGGGGUCUUAGGCUUCGCAAAACUCCACGAAAUUGCUCUAGGAACAGCCAGAGGAAUUGCUUACCUGCAUGAAGAAUGUCAGCAAAGAAUAAUCCAUUACGAUAUAAAACCGGGAAACAUUCUUUUAGAUGCUGAUUUCGCCCCUAAAGUCGCCGAUUUCGGUUUGGCCAAACUAUGCAACAGGGAAAAUACUCACAUAACCAUGACAGGAGGAAGAGGUACUCCCGGUUAUGCUGCUCCGGAACUCUGGAUGCCAUUUCCGAUAACUCACAAGUGCGAUGUGUAUAGCUUCGGGAUGCUUUUGUUCGAGAUUGUGGGGCGGAGAAGGAAUCUCGACGAUAGUCUUCCGGAGAGUCAAGAGUGGUUUCCGAGGCGGGUGUGGAAAAAGUUUGAAUGUGGGGAAAUGGGAGAUUUGAUGAUUGUGUGUGGUAUAGAGGAGAAUGAUAGGGAAAUGGCGGAGAGAAUGUUUAAGGUAGCCCUUUUGUGUGUUCAUGAAAGGCCUCAACUUAGGCCUUUGAUGAGUGUUGUAGUGAAAAUGUUGGAAGGAGCUCUAGAGAUUCCUACACCUUCAAUCCCUUUUCAGUUCAUGAUGGCUGGAAUUCCAUGCCCUGUUCUUCCUGGCAAUGCGACGCAGACAAGUAGCUUUACCGACACGGAUUCCUCGCAAAUUCCUUACUCUGUUAGUGUUCCCGAAACGCCUAUCAUGAGGAGAUAUGAGAUUGAAAUUGCUUCAGCCUAGCUAAGCUGAAGACCUCUCUCUUUCUUGUACUUUACUUGGAACAGUCUGUUGUCAUGUACUAAAAAUUUGAAUAAUCAUGCAACAAUUUGUAGGAAUAGUAUUAGAUAUUUAUCAAGUUUCUAUUUAAUUUAGGAAUUUAUUUUUAUUCGGCUAG